UCCCCUGAGCUAGCCAAAACAAACCCUUGAGCCUCGUACGCCCUGACCCGAAGGACCUGCCUGCCAACCCUUAAAUGAAGCCUCGGCCCAACAGGGAUCCUCGUGAUGGCAGAUGAAACUCAGCAAACGGAAAUACAAGCGCCAAACGACGAGGAAAAUAAACGCUACUGCUGGGUUUGCUAUGCCAGUGAUGAAGACGAUGAGACCGCACCCUGGGUCAAGCCAUGCAAGUGUCGGGGAACCACAAAAUGGGUGCACCAGUCCUGUCUGCAGCGGUGGGUGGACGAGAAGCAGAAGGGCAAUUCUACUGUCAAGGUCAAUUGUCCUCAGUGUGGGGUGGAAUACUUCAUUGCCUUUCCUAACAUGGGCCAGCUAAUGUUGUUCCUGGACAGAGUUGAUGCAUUCAUAUAUAAGGUUUGCCCAUUUGUGGCAGCGGGUGUGGUGGUUGGCUCCAUCUACUGGACUGCUGUGACUUAUGGGGCUGUCACUGUCAUGCAGGUUGUGGGCUACCAGGAGGGCAUGACACUCAUGGAACAAGCAGAUCCCUUGGUACUGCUGGUGGGUCUGCCCACUAUCCCUAUCUUCCUCAUUCUGGGCAAAAUGGUGCGCUGGGAGGACAAAGUCUUAAAACUCAUCAGAGCAUCAGUUCAGAGACUUCCAAUCCUCAAGUACCUUUUACCAGCAUUCAGGUAUGAAGAGCCUACUGGAGUGAGCACCACAGCAGUGAUCAGUGAUCCCGUUAAUGCCACGAGAGUGUUGUGUGGGGCUCUUUCCCUCCCCACUCUAGCCACUACUGUGGGACGACUCUUCUUCCCUGCAGCUCAAGACAACCUAACAAGAACACUUCUGGGGGGAGUCUCCUUCCUGGUGGUGAAGGGACUGUUCAAAGUGUACUACAAGCAGCAGCAACACGUCAUGCAGAGUAGACGCAAAAUAAUAGACUACCCUCAGGACCCCUCCACUUCCCCUCCCCCUCCUCCUCCCCCUCCCCCUCCUAGCCUCCCACCACCUGCCAGGAGACAGAACAGCAGUACUUACGUCAGCAACAAUAGUGAGACUGAACAUUCAAAUUAAAGGGAAUUUUAUAUUGAAAUAGAGCCACCUACAUAACUUAAAAGAAUGGUGAUUGCAAAACAUCUCUGUUGAAGGUUGAUCUUGCCUCUCUUUCACCAGUCAUUCACAUAGCACUACUGAACUUGAUCUUAAAGAUACAACUUAUCUAGGAAACAUGGUCUCUUCCCAUUGCCUGACUUCAAGCUGUUUCUAUCCAAACAUAAUAUUCUCUUCCACAUAAUUUACCAAUGACUACAAAUAUCUUCCUUUGUCCUAUACUUGUUCCUAAUUGUCAACAUUACUACAUAUAGAAGUUUUUUUAUUUUAUUUUAUUUAUUUUUUUUUUAAUGAAACCAGCAUUUUAUAUAAGAGCUAGAUUAGCUUGAUAUUAACAUCUUGAAAUGCUCUAUUGCUUGCAUUUUACAUUUAUACACAACAAGAUAAUGUGACCACAAGACUUUCCUAGUUCAUCCAUCAUACUGUAGAUUUCCAAAUGACACAUUCCUUAUCACAAACCACAACUCAAUGCUAAACCUUAAUGCAUCAGUCACAACUGUUAUGUCUUUGCUCACAAUCCAGUCAUAAAGUGAGGGUAAAUUUGCCUUUGAAUUAAUUAAUAAACAGACAUCCUUUCAUCUACUUAGUUAAUGAUGGCAAAGCUUGUUUAUUUCACCUUUCUUUUCAUGACAGGUUGUUUGGGACAAAUAAUUCCACCAAGAUAAUUUUUAGCCUAUAGAAAUGCAACUCUCAGUACAAAAAAUAAGAAAAAAAAAAAUUCUAAUCAGCAUUCAUGUGAAAGAUGUAAAUAAACCUGCUUGUCUUUGUGAUAGGAAUUACCAUCAUUUUGUUAAUGCUUUUGUAUCUUGAAUUUAUGAACACUGUAUAAAAAGUUAUUGUGAGAGAAUUAUUA